CCGUUCAAUUUCCCCAUUUCCAUUUCAUUCCAUUCGCAUCGAGAAUCAAUCACAACCAUGGCGAAAUCUGCAUCCUCCCUAUUGCAGAAGCUGAAAAGCUUCAUCAAAGCGCCAUGGGAGAUAACAGGACCCGUUUCCCACCCCGAAUUCAAAUCCGCCUUACCUGGAGCACUCGAUUACCGUCCCUAUUGCCCCGCAACCACCAAGGAAAAAGCCAUUAUUCCAACUUCCGAUCCCGAAACCGUUUACGAUAUCAAAUACUACACUCGUGAUCAACGCCGUAACCGUCCUCCCAUUGUUCGCACCAUCUACAAGAAAGCUGAUAUCGAGAAACUCAAGAAAGAAGCUACUUAUAAUGUCGAAGAUUUUCCUCCUAUUUAUCCCAAUAUUAUUGUUGAAGAGGAUAUGAAUGCUCGUGGUGGUGGUUAUCAAAAUUAGGUUUGUGCUAUCAUGGGAUUACAUUAAUCACCCAGUCAAAUUUCUGUCUCUGUCAAUGGGAAGGUCUGAAGAGUCUUAGCACAGACCUGUAAUUGUCUAUUUUAAACGGGUGUAAGCAUUUUGUAUCAAUAAUAAAGGGUUGUUAGGUGCAGUAAGUUUAAUUAUCUGCGUACUUAUUUGUGUUCAUGGGAUCAGAAAGUAAAUUGCCUUAUUAUUGACUGUUUUAACAAAAAUUGCCUCAUUGACUUGAUAUGUGGUAAUAUGAAUAAUCACCUUGAAAUUCCCUGUUUGUUUGGAUUAUGAGUGAAGCUUUUCCGUAUGAUUUCAAA